GUGUUAUUAUCUUCGCUCUGUUCUCUGUAGCUUGGUCAAGUGUUACUGUCUUUGCUUGUGACAAACCUUAGAAAAUAAAAGAAAAAUGUUGGAAUCUUUGCCAAUUAGCAAUCAUUAGCUUCAUAGAAGAGACUGGAGCUGGAGCGAAGAAAAGAAGGAGAACAUUUUAGGAUAAUCGAAGAUGGAAUUCAGAGAAAUCCGGUGCUCUAGAUUAAGAUUUGUUGUAGGCUUAGUGUUGUGCUGCACAAUAAUUAAAGAGGUAAGUGCCUCGAUUCAUGAGUACCGAAACGAAGCUUUUAUUCCACGCUCCGAUGGCUUCUUCUUCCAUGGCGGCAGUGAAGGCCUCUACGCUUCUAAGGUUCAUGAUUCCUCUUCUUCUUCUUCUCCUGACAAACCCCUCCAAGGAAAGUCCUUCAUCAGGUUUGAAGAUGUCACCUUUGUGAGGACAAAGGAGGCUGCCAGUAAGCAGAAUGAAAUGCAGCAGAACACUGGAUUGAUAGAAGCCAUCAUAUUUGAGGUGAAAGACAGGGAAAAGAUUGGAGGGGCAUUCCUAAAACUUAAUGCCAUAUGCUGUCACCCUGCUGUUGCUCAGACCGGAUCUUGUAUGCUGGGAGAGGUAAUUAUUCAGAAAGACCAAGACAACCCAGAAUGGCCUAAACGCAUUCAAACAUCCUUUGCUGGAAAAAAUGAAGAAACUAAAAUGAAACCUGAAACGGUGGAAAUAAAUAGUACUGGAAUGUACUACCUUUAUUUCAUGUUUUGCAAUCCAGACCUUAAGGGCACCUUGAUCAAGGGGAGAACUGUGUGGAAGAACCCUAAUGGUUAUUUACCUGGGAAGAUGACUCCUUUGAUGACAUUUUAUGGAAUUAUGUCUUUGGCUUACCUUGCACUAGGACUAAUCUGGUUUUUGAAGUUUGUUCAAUACUGGAAGGAUGUUAUACAGCUGCACUACCACAUCACAGCAGUCAUUGCACUUGGAAUGUGUGAAACGGCUGUUUGGUAUUUUGAGUAUGCCAAUUUUAAUUCGACUGGAUUAAGGCCAAUGGGUGUUACAUUGUGGGCUGUGACCUCUAGGACUGUGAAGAAGACCCUAUCUCGCCUACUCCUUUUGGUUGUCUCUAUGGGGUAUGGUGUAGUAAAGCCAACCCUUGGGGGUUUAACAUCAAGAGUGGUUCUUCUUGGUCUGAUAUAUUUUAUUGCCUCAGAGGCACUUGAGCUUGUUGAACAUCUAGGGAACAUCAAUGACUUGUCUAAGAAAACUGAGCUAUUUUUAGUGCUACCUGUUGCUUUCCUAGAUUCCUGCUUUAUUGUUUGGAUUUUCUCCUCUCUAUCAAAAACUUUGGAGAAGCUUCAGAUGAGGAGGAACAUGGCUAAACUAGAUCUCUACCGAAAAUUUACCAAUUCUCUUGCAGUGUUUGUUCUGCUCUCCAUAGCUUGGAUUGGCUUUGAGCUCUACUUCAAUGCAACUGACCCGCUAAGUGAGCUAUGGCAAGUAGCCUGGAUCAUUCCUGCUUUCUGGACUCUGCUUGCAUAUUCUCUCUUGGUGGUGAUAUGUGUCCUAUGGGCUCCUUCACCCAACCCAACUAGGUAUGCAUAUUUAGAGGAGGCAGGCGAAGACUUCGACGAGGAGGGUAUCUCGUUAACGAGCAGUGUGGAUAUGACGACUAAGCUAGAACGGAAAGGGCUGGGAGAAGAUCUUGAGGAGGAUAAGCGAGAGUAGAUGAAUAUCACACAGCACAAAGGUGAAUUCCCUGCUAAAGCUACAGUUGUAUAUCCAGGAAUUUCACUCUAAAAUGUGAUGAGCAAUUUGUGUUGUAUGUACAAAACCUUGUGAAAUUGGAAGUUGCAAGAUAGAAGAGUUUGAUGUGACUUAAAGAUUACAGCUAACUCCUGAGGAAUGAAACAAUAAGAACAAUUUAGUUUUAGGCAUUAAUCCCAAACUAGUUGGCUCAGCUACGUGGAUACAUUUUCGGCUCUGUUAAACUCUGAAACAAACCAAAAACAAGUUGUACUUCUAUUCUUAUGGUUGAUGCCUUGUUUGGAGGUGUCUGCAGAUUUUUUUUUU